AUGGCACAUUACUUCAGUGAAUCUCAGAUUGAUGCUUUCAAAGAAUGCUUCUUCUUCCAUGUGAGGAGCGGCUACAUCAGCAACGAGGGGGAUCUCUCCAUCAUCAUCCGCUCACUGAAUUAUUGUGUCACCAAGGAGGAGGUCCACAAUUAUUUCACCAAGGCUACAGCCUCUACUGACAGGAUCGACUUUGCCUCAUUCUUGAACAUCAUGCACGAACACUCACAGAUUGAGAACAAGCAGAAGGAGCUGAAGGCUGCACUUAUAGCACAGGAUCGAGAGAAGAGAGGCUACGUCAAUGCUGUCGAACUCCGACACAUCCUCACCAACAUUGGGGAAAAACUCAGCAGUAAAGAGGUUGACUCCUUGUUCCGGGAAGCUGGGGUGCAGGCAAAUGGCCAGGUUAACAUAUCCAGUUUUGUGGAUACUAUCAUGACCCCAUCGCCGGAUUACUGA